GCUCUUCGCUGCCAAGUGCAGCGGCUGCAUGGAGAAGAUCGCCCCAACCGAGUUCGUGAUGCGGGCGCUGGAGUGUGUUUACCACCUGAGCUGCUUCUGCUGCUGUGUCUGCGAGCGGCAGCUGAGGAAGGGCGACGAGUUCGUGCUGAAGGAGGGGCAGCUGCUCUGCAAGAGUGACUAUGAGAAGGAGAAGGACCUGCUGAGCUCUGUCAGCCCGGACGACUCCGACUCUGUUAAAAGUGACGAUGAAGACGGAGAUGUGAAGCCCACCAAAGGACAGGUAACCCAAGGAAAAGGGAGCGAUGAUGGAAAGGACCCACGGAGACCCAAGCGGCCCAGGACAAUCCUUACCACGCAGCAGCGGCGGGCAUUCAAGGCGUCCUUUGAGGUGUCCUCCAAGCCCUGCAGGAAGGUCAGAGAAACACUAGCAGCUGAAACAGGACUCAGUGUGCGAGUUGUCCAAGUCUGGUUUCAAAACCAAAGAGCAAAGAUGAAAAAGCUAGCACGAAGGCAUCAGCAGCAGCAAGAGCAACAAAACUCACAGCGACUGGGGCAAGAAGUGAUGUCCAACCGCAUGGAGGGGAUGAUGACGACGUACACGCCGCUCGCACCGCCGCAGCAGCAGAUCGUAGCGAUGGAGCAGGGCAGUUACGGCACAGACCCCUUCCAGCAGGGUCUGACCCCUCCACAAAUGCCAGGCGACCACAUGAACCCGUAUGGAAACGACUCCAUUUUUCAUGAUAUCGACAGUGAUACCUCUUUAACUAGCUUAAGCGACUGUUUUCUUGCCUCUUCCGAAGUUAACUCCAUGCAGGCUAGAGUAGGAAACCCCAUUGACAGGCUGUACUCUAUGCAGAGCUCCUAUUUCGCCUCAUGAAAAUAAAAGCAAGCAAGCGGCCAGCGCCUGUGUAGCCAGAGACGUUUUCCAGUGCAGACUCUACAGCCAUAUGUUGCCCAGCUCUUCCUUCGCAGUAACUCCUGCUGCCUCUGGACUGCAAAGAGCAUUUUCAGGAAGACUGCAUCUGUGUGCAUAUAUGUGUAUGUAUGUGUAUAUAUAUUGAUACCUACCUACAUACAUACACAUAUAUGUGAGCAAAAUGCAUCCACCAGUCUCGUACCCCCGAU